UGCGGUAACAUGGUUUCCAGUUACAAGAAAUUAUCAUCUACUCGUAAGAUGACGCCAUGGUUGAUGGCAAUUUUCUGUCUGGCAACCGCGGGCUGCUCAAAUGUUACGGAUCAGCAAACAUCUGAGACACAUCACGAUCAACAAGUAGCGAUCUUGAAACAGAUCAGAAAAGUGAAUGAAGACGGCUCUUACACGUACGGCUACGAGGCGGGUGACGGAUCUUUCAAGGUCGAGAGUCGCGACGUGCUCGGCAACAUCAAGGGCACGUUCGGUUUCGUGGACGCGGACGGCGAAAUAAAGAGGGUGUCGUACUCCUCUUCUAACGGGACGGGAUUUAAAGCAACCACCGUGUCCCCAUUGCAGGAACACGUGUCCGUCGUGCAGAGCAUACCUCGCCUUAACCGUACGACAACGACGAAGAAACAAACCGUUCCCGACUCGACCAGUGAAUCUCCGACGAGAUUAUCGGUGGUGCAGUCGAUACCACGAAACAGAAACAGAAAGAAGACAACCUCGACAACGACGACCACCACGAGCACCACGACCACCGAGCAACCGGAAGGAAAAAGUAGAGUACGCUUCGUGAUCAAUGGUCAGCAGAGGCCAUUAGUGGCCGAAGAGGAAGGAGCGGAGGACGAGGACUCGCAAAUUAACCGGCCGAGUACGGAGGACAAGACAGCUACCUACCGGAGGAUCAUCUUCGCUAAGCGACCGAUCGACCAGACUUUGAGACCCAUUUCCGAGGACUUCGUAGAGAAGGAUGACACCGGGAAAGUGACAACAGGGAAUGCUUUGAGAAGACAACUGCACGAGGACACCACGAAACCGAAUCCUAUAGUGGAAGGCAGCAACGACGACCAUUCCGACGUUUACGGCGGUUCCCUGUCCACGACCCGUCCUCUGUUCACCACAACCACGCCUCCGAGGGUUCUCCAACGCGUUUCCGGCAACCGCGAGAAACCGAAAGUGUACCUGAACCGAGAGAAUCUGGGACCCUCGAGGUUCGAGAACGUGAAGUAUGACAGCUCCAGAGUGUACGAAGCAGAAACGAAAGCGCCGCAAGAAGAGCGAUCGCAAUCUCAACCGGUGUUAAUUCGUGGUCCCACGCUGCUGCCUGAAAAUCGAGAAUACGCGAGACAGGGAGCUGAGCCAGUCUUCGUCAGACCUCAACCGGAACAAUUUCUUCGUGAACUACCAGGAGGGAGGAUCCUGGUGCCUUCUCCGCAGAAUAACAUCGAAGAGGACCCAGCCUACAGGCCUAUUCCUCUUAACAGAAUCCUUCUGCGUCCCCUACCGAGUCAGCAACCUCUCUACUCGACGACUACGGACGCAAACAUUCAUUACUUGACGGAGAAUCCUCUUCCGGAGCAAGAGGAGAAUGCGAGAGUCUCCAUGGCGCCGGGGUACGCGCGUCCGAGACCCUUUCUGCGACCCAUGAUCUAUCAAGAACCUGAACCGAGACCCAGACCUGUUCUCAGACCUGUCUCUCCUCCGGUCACACACGCAGUUGACGACAGGGAGUAUCAAACCACCCCGGAGUAUCCCUACAGGGGAAGCACCAUAGCUCUGCCGCCAGAACCCCCGAACCCCAUUGCACCUCCUCUGAGUCGUCGCGAUUUUCAGCUGCUGUUGCGAAGACUACUCGUGAGUCAGUACGGUGUGCAGGCUCUGUCUUAUCCCAAAAGCUACUUGGAGGACGCGUUAUACGAUCAGCAACCGUAUCCUUCUUAUCAGCCCGCGUAUCAGACAACUGGACCCCGCCCGGACAUCGGAUACGAUCAGCAGGUGUCUCUUCAGUAUGGAGAUCGUGUGCCUCUCAGACGACCCGUGUACACUCGAGCUCUGAAUCCGACUGUUUAUCAGUCGCAACAGUACGAUGAUUACAACGAAAGAUACCCGAAGAGAGUUUAUAGACAGAAGUUCUAUGCACCGGAGGUCACCGACGACGGAGAUGAGAUACUGCCUGCGCCUAUCAGGGAGGCGCUUCUGCUCAGAAUGCUGCAACUGGCGAUCAAUGCUGAACGACCACCCAUGGUUCCUACUACGAUGAUGACCACGACGCCUGCUUCCAGGUACAGGAAGACGGGACCUGUCAGGAGUGUACAGAUCAUCGGGGAUGACGAGGAGGAGGAGAAGGAGAUGAUGAAGAAGAAGAUGUAACGGGUAGAGUCUUAGAGAAAUUUUUUCAAAAUUGCAGAGUUUAUUUUUUUAACGACGAUUUUAGAACACAGGCAGUGUAAAAAACAUAUGAAUUGAGUACUAUAUAAAUAUUGAAGAUUAGCUUGUAUAAGAUUUAGAGAAAUAACUUUUGAAUUAUUUAUUAGUUAUUUAUACUUUUUUACUCAACACGUAUUCGAAGUAUUGCACACUCACGAGGUCACCGUUCAUUUUGCUUCCACAAUUUCAAACAUUAAAAUUGAAUUAAUAUUUUUAAAUAUGAAAUUCUCAGCAGCUUGCAAGAGAUAUGAGAAUAUUUUUAACGCGACACUUGAAUCCAAUUUGGGCAACGAAAGAUCACGAUAUCGCAGUACAAUUCAUGUUCAUUUUUCUUAAUGAGAAGCUUCGCAUAAGGGAUCGUGAGAAUAAAGGAAAAGUAACGUUGAUAGACAAUCGCAGCGACACAGUUUUCACGGAACAUACUGAAAUCACUGGCGAAACGAAUCGGCUUCUCAGAAAGGGAAAUGUCCCGUGUGUUCGACGAUUUUCCGCACGACAACUUUCAAGUAUCUCGCAACGUUUGUUUUUUUGCUUUCAAGUCGGAUCGUCGCUGCCUCUGGAAUCGAGAAAGCAAUUAAAUCAACGUAUAUAUAUGGUCAACCCGGUAUAUUGCGUUGAUCUUGCCCUAUCCGGUUGUGUCACUACAAACGUUAGCACAUCCAAAGAUGACCCUAUAGAAUAGAGCACUGAGCAAAAUUUAUGUGGAUACGUUCAAUGUCAUCGUCACACUUAUCUGGUUUACGAUUUGGAUUUUUUAAGAGAAUUAUGUGGUGUGAAGACAUAGUGGGACACAUAGUAAUGACAAUUGAUAGUGGAGAAAAAAUUCAUUAAAAAUACAUCUAUCGACAAAAUUCAUUAAAUCAGCUGAAAGACUGUCAUCAACAAAAUGGCUGCCAAUGCAGAGGGUUGAAAAUUCGUUGCACGAACACGGUUGUGUUUUAGUUUAUCUGUUAUCUUUGUAGCUAAGUAUCUUUGACUGCACAGUUGUCAACUUCUUAUAUUUUUAUGUGUUUCUUCAUAUUCUGUUUAAUAUUCUUUUUAACAUAUCUGAACGGAAGCUUCAUCAUGAUGUUUCGUCAGAUGGUAAUUCUUUCGGUUUGUAAAUCUCAUCUAUGUUCACAGUGCUAUCUGAAACUUCCUGUUUUGUAUUUGAAAAUCUUAGAGAUUAGAAAAGUCUUAGAAAUAGAAGAGUAGAAAAUUCUUAAGUUGCAACACUUCCAAGUUUCUAAAAUGCAAAUAUGAAAUAUUUCUACAUAUUCAAAUUUCCAAAUUUGUAAGUGACUAAAUUUCAGUCUUUGUAAUCCUUCAAAUACUCAAACUUGUGAGUUUAAAAAUUAGUAAUUCUCUAUGAGUCUCCAAAACCUUAACAACACAUGUCACAAAUCCUGUAUGCAAUUCCACACAUUAAUAUGUCAGAUAUGAAAGAACAUACCUGAUAUGAUUAAUGAAAGUAUUAUACUAAUCAUACUCCCCUAAUCGCAUCCCUAUUAUCCCAGUAUUAUUACAUUAAAUCUAUAUUCAUAUAAAAUUUCACAAAAUCCUCCACCAAAGAUCCUCUCCAAGAAUUUUAAAAAACGAAAAUAAUUUUCAAUAAUUAUUUUGAGUAACUCUUGUCGAUAAUAUUGAACGUAUCGAUUCACCUGACGCCCUUUAGCCUUCGUUCCAUUGUAAAUAUAAUAUUAUAUAAGCCAAUGUAAUAUACGUAUCGAAAUAAAGCGAGCUAGAUUACAGAUAAACGUGGUGUGAGAAUUCAUUUCAUAAGCCUCCUGAGAGCCAGCGUA